AUGGAUAAUAAACUUUCGUGUGCUAAAUAUGAGUUCACAAUGAAAGCCAGUGAUGUUGAAAGUACAUAUCAUACCCCCAUAUUUUCGACAAAAGGCGAAAAUCAAUUAUGGAACUUACGUAUUGGGCCUUCCGCUAAAAAGCAAGCAGAAUAUCUCGAAGUCUUCCUACAAGCUGUACCUUCUGUCACUGAACUUAUUACCGAAGGUCCUUGGAUUUCUCGUCAAGGUCUUUCCUGCGAAAUCUAUAUAAUUGAUGAAAUGGCAUGCACCAUUGUGGUCUCCAAAAAGUUUAAAGAAAGUCCUUUCGAAAAAUUUUCGCGGAAGUCGUCUGGAUGUGGAUGGCCAUGUUUUAUUAAGAAAUCUUCACUUCCAGAAAGCUUCAUACUUGGGAUCUGUUUUUCGAUGACUACAGCUCCUCGCGUCCAACCACCUCAAUCCAUUGAUAACGCUUUUCAAUAUACUCUACCUGAUCUUGCUACCGCUUGGGGUACUAUGUUGGAUAAUCCAAAUACUGCUGAUGUAGUUUUCAACGUGCAGGGAACCAAAAUAUAUGCCCAUAAAGAUAUUCUUCGUGCACGGAGUGCAUAUUUCCGUGGCAUGUUUAAUAGUGGUUGUGUUGAAAGUGUAGCAAAGUCUACCGAAUCAAAUAAACCAUCUAAACGGGAAAAUAAAUCAACUCAUCUUUCAAUGCAAAUUCCAUCUUCUCGAAGAGAAAAUGCUUUAAAGACUCUGAGCGUUCAAUACAAGCCACCUGAACCUACAACCCCUGUAAUAGAUGAGACUGUUUCAUCUAAUAGCGAUUUGGAAAUAGCAACCUUUGAAAACUUGGCUAUAGAAAUUAAGGCUGAGGAAGGAAAAGAACAAAGCAUAUCAGAUGUCAAGAAGACUAGUGACACUAAUCGGGUUUCGGCCGUUGAUACAUUAAGCAAGCAUUACGAACAACGUUUGGCUGAAUUGCAAACGAAACUCUCUGAUGCCCAGCAAACACAAUCAUUGAUUAUUGAUAAAAUACAAAAUUUGCAGACUAAUUUUGAUGACUUUCGUGAUUCCGUUAAGCGUAAAGAAGAAGAAAUCAUUACAAAAGAAAAAGAAAUCGUUUCUCUUAAAAAAUCACUCCAGACACUCGUAUCAGAAUUUUGUGGAGUGGAUAAUAUCAAAUUUGUUAACAACAUUUCUUUUGAAGAUAAACGUUCAUCAAGAGUAUUACCAUCAUCGCAACCGGUAUCACAAUCGGUAUCACAACAACAGCCGCAACGACAAUAUCAUGUCAUCGAAGUCACAGAUUUUGAACCAGUAACGUACCGUCGAUUUCUUCAUUUCUUGUACACCAAUCGAAUCCCUUCUGAGAUUGCACUGCCGGCAUGUCUUGCGCUUUUUAAACUAUCAGACAAAUAUCAACUCAUUACUGUUCGUCGUGCGAUGCUUCUACGUAUUGAAACACUGCUUACAGUAGAUAACGUGGCAACUAUACUUUUUCAGCAAGCAUAUUUGUAUAAUGAUUUCAAGCAAAUUUGUAUGGACUAUCUAUUGAAGCAUUAUGAAGAAGUUACAAAAACGAAAAGCUUUGAACUUAUUCUUACUUGGUCAGGCGAGUACCCUGCAUUUCCUGAAGUUAUGAUGGAAAUAAUGAGAUCCAUUCCAAAUAGAGAUUGUUUAACGUCUACAACUGCAUCUAAAUGA